AUGAUAGACCCACGAUAUUCCUGUCGCCCUAAAAUGAUGGACCCACGAUGCUCCUGUCGCCCUAAAAUGAUGGACCCUCGACGCUUCUGUCACUAUCAGACGAUAGAUCCACGAUGCUCCUGUCGCCUUAAAAUGAAGGACCCACAAUGCUCCUGUCGCGCUAAGAUGAAAGAACCACGAUGCUACAGUCUCCCUCAGAUGAUAGAAGCUCGAUGCUCCUGUCGCCAUCGGAUGAUAGACCCACGAUGCUUCUGUUGCCCUCAGAUGAUAGAACCACGAUGCUCUUGUCGCCAUCACAUGAUAGACCCACGAUACUUCUGUCGCCCUCAGUUAAAAGAUCCACGAUUCUCCUGUUGCACUCAGAUGAUAGACCCACGAUGCUCCUAUCGUUAUCAGAUGAAAGACGCACGAUGCUCCUGUCGCCCUAAGAUGAUAGACGCACGAUGCUCUUGUCGCCCUCAGAUGAUGAACCCACGAUGCUCCUGUCGCCCUAAAAUAAUAGACCCACGAUGCUCCUGUACCCCUCAGACAAGAGAACCACGAUGCUCCUGUCGCCCUUAG